CUUCUUGUUUCUUUCAGUGUUUUUAUCACAUCGCCGUUGAGUAAGUAAACUUGACUUUUAAUAUUUGCGCCGUUAAUUUUGUCAAUACGGCCGUGCUUUCUAAAAUACCAGCUGUUUACAGAAUGACAGAUUGAUAAAUUUAUUACGAAAAGAACCUGGAUUUUUUUUAAAUUAAAGGGAAAUCCGUAUCCUGUGGAAAAUAAGUGUAAUAUACUUCGGGAGGCAACAGUUUGUCAUACAGAUUGAUUGCUUCUCCUGUUCAAUAUAUUCCAAAGCUGGCUGUGUUCUGUAUAUGAUGAAUGGCAAAUGUGGCGUGUCUGAAAUUGCUUCAAAAUAAGGCAAAAGGAAAUAAUUUAGCAGGAAUAGUUUGCACAAUCAAGAUACAACGAGCAUGCCGAGGCAUAUGUGAAAACUAAGUUGUUCGUUAUCAAAACGUGAGAAAAGCUGAAUGAAGUUGUAAAUCACAAAAAGUUUAACCAAUCCCACCUAUGCCUCUAGUCAUUAAACGAUUAUCAAAUGUUGAAAUUAAGGUGACACAUUACAUUGAAUAAUUAGAUCAAAAUACACGCCUAAUUAGGAGAAAAUUAUUUCAACAUUCAUAUUUAUCAACUUCAUGCGCAAUCAUGAACAACGAACCAAACUUAAGAGAGAUCAAUAGCGAGGCUUUAAGGACAAGUCCACACAUUUACACUAGAUCAAUAUUGGCUGCAUUUGACUGGAAGGAGUUUGCCUGUGGCUGUGGUGCAGCUUUUAUAAAUAUAGGUGUUACCUAUCCAAUUUAUAAAAUGAUAUUUCGGCAAAUGCUUCAUGGUGUGCCGAUAACUUCAGCUUUUGGACAGUUACGGAAUGAAGGUUUGGGAUUUCUGUAUCGCGGAAUCUUCCCGCCAAUGGCACAGAAAACUAUCUCUUUAUCAAUAAUGUUUGGUGUAUUUGAUGGAUCGCGUCGAUAUUUAAUAGAAAACUUUAGCAUGAACGCUUAUACUGUUAAAAUAAUUGCUGGUAUUACGUCAGGCACCGUCGAGGCAGUACUUCUUCCCUUCGAGAGAGUACAAACUUUGCUGGCCCAUUCAAAGUAUCAUGAAUAUUUUGCUAACACUCCGCGAGCUUUCAACUACGUAUUAGUACACCAUGGCUUUUUGGAAUUGUAUAGGGGAAUUGUACCAGUGCUUUGGCGUAAUGGACCUUCAAAUGCCAUGUUCUUCAUGCUCCGUGAAGAAGUAUCAUUAUUCCUCCCAGAUACGUCUUCUAAAACAACAAAAACAGCACAAGAAUUUGUUGCGGGAGCCAUUAUUGGCGCUUCGAUUAGUACACUUUUUUACCCACUAAAUGUUAUAAAAGUGGCCAUGCAAAGUGAAAUGGGACAAGUAUCGGAGAGCAUGUGGGCGAUAUGUAAACGAAUCUAUUUUGAACGUGGAAAUCGUAUAAAAUACUUCUACAGAGGAUGUGCUUUUAAUUCAUUUCGUUCAUUUCUCAGUUGGGGCAUCAUGAAUACAGCGUAUGAAAAUUUGAAAAAAGUCAUGUCGUAAAAAUAUUUAUGGUAUUGAAAUAUUCGCUUUCACUAUAACGCACAUGAAACCUCUAUUUGGUGACAACGGCGCAGUGAACUGAACGAAAUUCAAAGACGCCGGGCACUUUUGCACGACGCUCAUGAGUAUUUAUAGCCUGUGCGAAAUAUACCAUUGAAACUUGUAAAUAUGAUAUGUGUAUUUAGUUAAAAUAUUUGAUUAGUUAAUUUAAGUAAAAUAAGAACUAGAAAAUAUCAUUAAUAAACUCCUCAUUUCAUAUCUUAUCAAUGUCAUCAAUAUGGGAGCUUCAUAUACAUACAAUAGAGAGAUCAAAUCGCCAAUUUAUUAUUUUAUGUUCUCUAAAGUGGUGAAUAUUAAUUAACCACUAAAUAAUUGAGUCAAGAAUUAAAAAGAAAUCGUAAACAAAAAAUUCUAGGUGUUCGUCUUUUUAAAGUAAAUAAAAUGCGCAUUUAGUCAAUUAUUACAAAGUAGCAAUGUCAUACACGGUAUAGGUGUGCUUAAUAAUUUGCUAUUUUGUUUGCUUAUGCUUGUAACAUAUAUGUAUUUACAUAUGACUGUUUAUGUACAAUACAUACGCUCAUAUUUAAGUAUAUUUCGAGAGGUCAACGUACUGCAAUUUACUAUGAGAUGUAAAAUUAAUUUAUUUAUGCCAAUUGCAAUUUCGUAUUUCGUUUAAACAAAUAUACAUAACUUCAAUUAGAAAUAUAUAUAUAUAUAUACAUACAUAUGCGUAUAUAAAUGUGUCUGAAGUAUUACUGCUGUUAAUAUACAUAUGUAAAUGUUUCUGCUAAUAAUAAGAUCAAAGUGCGCUUAACGCAAAGCCACAACUAGUGUGACAAUAAAUUUGGUUCGGAGUGUGCGUAUUAAAAUAGAAUUCAGAAACUCCUCACUUCUGAUUAUAUUUGUACAUAAUUUUAUAUCAGUACAAAGUAGUACUUUAAAUUAUCUAGUCAUUUGCCCUUUGUAAUCCCAAGUCGAGAGGAGUUGUAUUAAAUAUUAAAUAUUUAUAUACUUAGCCAUACACAUAGCACUGUUCAUAUGUUGUACUAAUAAAAAAAAAA